UUGGCGCUCGUGGAGGAGAGAGAAAAGUCUCUCCAUCUUGUGCAAGUAUAGACAACCGGACCGCAGUUUUUACAGCUCUCUCAUUGCGUAUGGCUUUUGGGGUUGUACAAUCGUAAUCUUUUGCUUGAAUGAUAAAGCACUUCAUCGGAGGUAACUGUAGACAUGAAGCGAGUGAAGAGGAGUCCCGUGUGCGCAAUAUUGCCGUUGGCUCUGUUUAUUGUGUGCACCACAACGACGCGAGCAGGCAGUGUGAUAGAUGUGUUACGGGUGCUGGAGCUGUCUGAAGACAUGGAGGGUGUGUCAAUAGAGGCCGGCCUGUGUACUCCGAGAAAUGACACAGGAGAGACAGACAUGGCUUACAGGAUAGACAAAAAGAUUCAGCUGAGUGUCCCGACCAAACAGCUCUUUCCAGACUCUGAGUUCCCUGAGAACUUUUCUCUGAUGACCACAGUGAAGGCUAAGAAGAACUCGCAGUUCUUUCUGCUGUCUGUGUAUGAUGAGCAGGGAGUUCAGCAGCUGGGACUGGAGAUGGGCAGGUCACCUGUGUUCCUCUAUGAGGAUCACAAAGGCCAACCAUCUCCAGAGCUCUACCCCAUUUUUAGGAAGAUUAACCUGGCUGAUGGAAAAUGGCAUCGGAUAGCCUACAGCGUUGAGGACAAGUCUGUUACAAUGUAUCUGGACUGUAAGAAGGUUCAGACCCUGGAGCUGAUGCGAGGAGAUGGGCCUGUGGUCAGCACGGAAGGAGUCGUUGUGUUUGGGACUCGAUUACUAGAUGAGGAAGUUUUUGAGGGUGAGAUCCAGCAGCUCCUGUUUGUGGAUGAUCCACAGACUGCAGCUGACUACUGCCAACACUACACUCCUGAUUGUGACAGUCCAUUACUUUAUAGAACCCUGACCGUGGAGCCGGAGGAGGCCAAACCGAUCCAUAACCUCGAUGAGGUCAUGCAGAGCGAUGAACCUGAGAAACCAAAGAAACGCUCCAAAAAAAAGGGAAAAGGCAAGAAGAACAAAAAAAAGAGGGACAGAUCUUCUAAGAAGGGCAAAAAAGAAUCCAACAAGAAGAAAGAGGAGACGGAAGCUCUCGAAGAAGGUUUCCUUGAGGUGUCUUCAAAGGUUCCAGAGUAUUUGGCCCAGGAAUCUCGGCAUGUUACAGCUGAAUCAGAGAAACCCACAUCACCUCCAACAGAGGAUCCCAAAACACCAGUAAUAACCGUUGAGAAGAUGGCCUAUUUACCCGACAUGCCCACGCACGAACCCGACACAUUUGUGGAGGAACGCACCAAACAGACCACUACAGUGCCCAAGUCAAACCUUGAAGAACAUUCGGUAUCACCUCCUGCACUUCCCAAAGAUGAGUCUCCAAAGAUGGAGGACGAGAGGCCAAUUAAAACUCCGGAGGUUGAGGAGUUUAGUGAUGACCUUUACAGCGAUCAGCAUGAUGAACUUUUGGUCUCCACGGUAACGGUCGGCCCCAAUAUUACAGAUUAUGAGAUCUUGGAGUACGAUGAGUUUAAAAACCAUUCGGACAGUGAGCAGGUGUUUGAGGAGUAUGAGGUUUACGAGGACCGUUUUGACCCGGCAGAGAGGGAGAAAGCAGUUACAUGGGAUGGACAGGGCAGAGGAUUUGAGCAGGGACAGAAGGGAGAGCCAGCUGUUAUUGAACCAGGUACAUUAUUCAAUGGACCUCCGGGACCACCAGGACCAACAGGCCUUCCUGGCAUUCUUGGCAUCACCGGCCCUCCGGGACCCAGUGGAGACCCAGGUGAUAGGGGUCCCGAGGGACGUCCAGGCCUGCCCGGUGUUGAUGGGAUCCCGGGUCCUCCCGGCACUUUCUUGAUGUUACCCUUCCAGUAUGGUGGAGACUCUCAGAAAGGACCAGUAGUAUCCGCACAGGAGGCGCAGGCUCAAGCCAUCUUGCAACAGACAAAACUCUCACUGAAGGGCCCUUCAGGUCCAUUAGGUCUCACGGGGAGGCCGGGUCCAGUGGGUCUUCCAGGUCCCAGUGGGCUGAAAGGGGACAGUGGAGAAAGCGGGCCUCCGGGUCCACUUGGAUUACCGGGCCCUCCGGGUCUUGAUGGAAGACCAGGAAAGAGUGGCCGGUCAGGGUCCGAUGGUGGUCGAGGGUCUCCUGGAGAGCCUGGAGCAAAGGGUGACAGGGGCUUUGAUGGACUACCUGGUCUUCCUGGGAACAAAGGACACACAGGAGACCGAGGAAAACCUGGACCCCACGGUCCACCCGGAGAGUCCGGUCAAAAGGGCUCGGACGGACCCGCCGGACCAAUGGGACAACCGGGAGAACCUGGGCCAAGAGGACUUGUGGGGCCGAGAGGACCACCGGGUCCACCUGGGCAGCAGGGAAUUCAAGGUGUGGAUGGUCUUCAAGGGGCAAAGGGCAACCUGGGACCACCAGGUGAACCUGGACCUUCGGGUCAACAGGGCAACCCUGGCGUACAGGGCUUCCCUGGUUCGCAGGGUCCUAUAGGCAUGCCAGGAGAGAAGGGUCCUCAGGGGAAACCUGGAUUGGAGGGGAUUUCUGGGAUCGAUGGUCCUCCGGGUCAUCCAGGAAGAGAGGGACCCCCUGGGGAGAAAGGACACCAGGGUUUAUCGGGAGCACAGGGGCCGAUUGGAUAUCCUGGACCUCGUGGAGUCAAGGGUGCAGACGGAGUGAGAGGACUGAAGGGUAGCAAGGGGGAGAAGGGUGAAGACGGUUUCCCAGGGGCCAAGGGUGACAUGGGCAUCAAAGGAGACAGAGGUGAUAACGGGCCUUCUGGAAGCAGCGGUGAUGAUGGGCCGGAGGGGCCGAAGGGUCAGUCGGGACCACUGGGAGAGCUCGGAUCCCCUGGCAUUGCAGGAGAAAAGGGGAAACUUGGCGUUCCAGGAUUGCCUGGAUAUCCAGGCAGACAGGGUUCUAAGGGAUCGUUGGGCUUUCCCGGAACAGCUGGCCUGCCAGGAGAGACAGGAAGGAGGGGUCCUUCAGGACAGUCUGGUCCAGAUGGGGAAAGAGGUCCAAACGGCUCACGUGGAGGAAGAGGAGCCAGAGGACCAACUGGAAAGCCUGGGGCCAAGGGCUCUUCUGGUCAUGAUGGUCCACAGGGUCACACGGGAGACGGAGGGCCUAAAGGGCCACAGGGACGAGAAGGAGAGGCCGGUCCGAGAGGACCAACUGGGCCCCCGGGAAAAGAUGGAUUGCCAGGUCACCCAGGUCAGCGUGGCGAGCCAGGGUUUCAAGGAAAGACGGGUCCUCCUGGCCCUGCUGGAGUGAUUGGACCACAGGGGAAAAAUGGAGAGACCGGUCUGACGGGCGAGAGAGGACACCCAGGUGCCCCAGGACCCCCUGGAGAGCAGGGUCUGCCCGGGGUUGCUGGCAAAGAGGGAACCAAGGGAGAUCCGGGCCCUGCAGGGGUGCCAGGCAAGAGCGGUCCUGCCGGACGGCGUGGAUUCAGAGGAGAAAGAGGCUUACCUGGCACUCUGGGUGCUGCCGGUCUGAAGGGUGGAGAGGGCCCUGCUGGCAUUGCAGGACCAAUUGGUGCCACAGGAGAGCGAGGCCCUGCUGGCCCAGCAGGUGCCAUUGGUCAGCCUGGCCGUCAGGGAGGCGUCGGCCCCGCCGGGCCAAUGGGAGAGAAGGGCGAGUCGGGUGAAAAAGGUCCUGUUGGCCCUGCCGGGCGAGAUGGAGAGCAGGGCCCCUUGGGAUUACCUGGUCCUGCUGGGCCAGCUGGGCCACCUGGAGAGGAUGGUGAUAAGGGCGAGACAGGAGGGCCGGGACAGAAAGGCAGCAAGGGAGACAAGGGAGAGGCGGGACCCCCAGGGCCAACCGGGAUCCAAGGACCCGCUGGACCGCCAGGAUUAACGGGUCAGGAUGGAGAGCCAGGACCGCGGGGACAGCAAGGAAUGUUUGGCCCAAAAGGAGACGAAGGACCAGGGGGGUUUAAGGGGACUGAUGGACCGACGGGGUUGCAGGGAAUGCCGGGACUUCCUGGAGAGAAGGGAGAGAGCGGCCAUGUUGGAUCUUUGGGCCCUCCAGGACAGCACGGUCCACGUGGCCCGCCGGGACCCAUCGGGGGUGAGGGUCCUCAGGGCAUGCCGGGCGGAGUGGGCCAACCAGGAAUGGUGGGAGAAAAGGGUGAAGACGGAGAGGCGGGGAGCCCAGGAAAUCCGGGUGAAACUGGCCCCCCUGGAGAGAAAGGUGAGGUGGGUGAGAAGGGAGAUACUGGCCCCCCUGGUACUGCGGGAUCACCUGGGGUCCGAGGUAUCCCCGGAGCGGAUGGACCCAAAGGAAACCCGGGUCCUAUUGGAUUUCCAGGAGACCAAGGACCGUCUGGAGAGCCAGGUGCUGAUGGUAUUGACGGCGGACCAGGAGCCAAAGGGGAUAAUGGAGAUCCCGGUAAAGCUGGACCCCCGGGAGCCUCAGGAGAGCCCGGCCCUUCAGGACCACCUGGACGGAGAGGUCAUGUGGGUGUUGGGGGAAAAGAAGGAAAGCAGGGGAAGAAGGGGGGAAAGGGUUCUGCUGGUUCUGAGGGUGCAAUAGGGAAGACAGGGCCUGUGGGACCUCAGGGACGUCCUGGAAAUCCAGGUCCAGAGGGACUGUCGGGCAUUCCAGGCCCUGCUGGGGAGCAAGGGUUAAAUGGACCCCCGGGGCAAACGGGACCUCCCGGGCCUAUGGGGCCGAGUGGAUUACCCGGACUGAGAGGAGAUCCUGGCCUGAAAGGAGAUAAGGGUCAUGGCGGACUGAUCGGACUGAUUGGACCUCCAGGAGAGAUGGGAGAGAAGGGCGAUCGAGGCUUUCCAGGACUUCAGGGAGUGCAGGGUCACAAAGGAGAUGACGGUGUUUCUGGUACCUCCGGUCCUACCGGCCCACCUGGACCCCCUGGAUUAGCUGGUUCCAUUGGCGAGAAAGGAUCUAAAGGAGAUGAGGGAGCCAUCGGUCCGAGAGGAGAUACAGGACCUGCCGGAGCACCCGGACCACCUGGCCUGCCAGCAACCAUGAUCGAGCCAUUGCCAAUCAGAGAGGGACGUAAAAAGCGAAGGAGACACUCAAACAAACAGGCCGGCACAGCCAUAGAAGAGCAGGAGGAGGAGGAAGCAGUUCAACUCAACAUGGAGGACUUCCUUCAGGCGGAUGAACCUCUGGAUGAUCCCGAGGGCAUGGAGGAGGUGUUUGCGUCUCUCAACUCCAUGAAAACAGAAGUGGAGCUCAUGAGAAAACCGCUCGGCACUUUCGAGAGUCCCGCCCGCACCUGCAAGGAACUGAUGUUGUGUCAUCCAGAAUACAAAGAUGGUGAAUAUUGGAUUGACCCAAACCAAGGCUGCCACCGAGACGCCAUGAGGGUGUUUUGCAACUUCACCUCAGAGGGAGAGACCUGCCUGCACCCUGACAAACGAUUUGAAAUGGUGAAGUUGGCCGCUUGGAACAAAGAAAAACCGGGCAGCUGGUACAGCCAAUAUAGAAAGGGCAAGCAGUUCUCCUACAUGGACGUCGAUGGAAACCCAGUGCCUGUGGUACAGCUGACUUUCCUGAAGCUUCUGAGCGCCACAGCCAGGCAGACCUUCACUUACACCUGCCAGAACUCCAUCGGCUGGUACGAUCUGACGAGCCACGGCCACCAGCACGCCGUACGGUUCCGAGGCAACAACGACGAGGAGAUGACACAAGCCAAAUCCCCCUUUAUCACAUCACUGUAUGAUGGUUGUCAGACACGCAAGGGUCAAGAAAGGACAGUGCUGCAGAUCGACUCGCCGCGCUCAGAGCUUCUUCCCAUCCUUGAUGUAGCCGUGUCAGACUUUGGGAAUAACAACCAGAAGUUUGGAUUCCAUGUCGGACCAGUCUGUUUUACUGGAUAAUAUCAUACACCUCAUCACUUCAGUACUUACCAACUGAAGAAUCAAGAGCAAUAUUUAUUACGUCAGAUUAAGCGGUGGGUUUGUGACUUUCAAACAACUGAUGGACUAUAAAACCCACAGGGCUAUUCAAAGGUGCCAAUCACUUAGCACAUUUCUGAAAGGGAACUCUUUCAUCUUUUUUCUUUUAUGAUUGUUAUUUUUGUCUUUUUAUACUCCGCUUACCUGUGGAUUUAAACGAGGCGUGAAUUCACUACAGUUCAAAGAACUGCUUCAAGCCGAACCUGACGUGGAAAAACAAACUUGUUUAGGCGCUUGCCUUUUAUCUACGCUACAGACCAUUUUAGCCCAAAUCACAGUUGUUGAAUUUGCCGCCUGUGUCACGCAUAUCUUGUUUAUUUUGUAGCGCUGAUUUUAAAUUAAUUUGCUACUUGAGGGAUUUGGCGUCACCGCUGAGAAGUCAAUAUUACGAAACUCCAGUUUUCCAGCCUCGAUUGAAAGGUGAAGUUUACGAGUUUCCACCCAGAUCUAUUUGCGAUUCUCCCCGCGAAUAUUCCGCGUCGCAUCAAACUCGCAGUGUUACUCAUCUUUAAUCAGUGUACGCUCAUACAUAAACAAUGUUAAAUAAGACCGCAGCUUUUCAAAACGGAAAGCGCUGCGUGUGCAUGACUCAAAUGGAGCCCAGCUGCUUAUUAAUAUGUAAAGUAGUCCGCUCACUUAUAAGCUGCUUGUCUUGUUAGCGGGCCGCCUAGUAUGUUUCCCUGUCAGUGAUCCAUGUCUCCAUGGUGCUAGUGUACAGCCGAGUUGCUUUAUAAGUGUGUGGUGAUGAAUGAGAAUCACAUUGUUGGAUGUGAGCUACUGAUGUCAGAUUGAAGAGCCUACCCCAAAAAAAACAGCUUUGCUGUUCCAAGAUGCCACCCACCCGCCACAAGAUGGUUUGAGGGUGCUGGUCAAUCAACUUAAAAUAACAAAUCAGCAGGGGACUUACUAAAUUACGCUUCUUGUUUUAAUAUGAACUCAUAUGAAUUCACAAUCAGUUUGAGAUCCUGGUUGUCAACCUUGGAUUGUUUUUAAUGCUGUUUUGCUGUGUACAUGUGUUGAUACAUUGUCUUGUUUGUUGUGUUCAGAAUAUUUUAUGUUAUACUGUGGUGCUAAAGAUAUUUUUUGUGUUUUGCUAUGAGUAGUGUCAUUUUGUUUUAUCAGGGGGCAGGUCAAGGGAGGACACCUGUGGUGCUUAACAGUAAAACAAACCUAUAGAGAAAUACUAUCGGAAGAAAGAAUAUGGUGCUUAUCUAGUGGUAACCGAUUUUGUUCAGUGACCAAAUACAGAAGCAUAGUUUACAUAUUUUUUUAAGGAAACAAAACAUGUUUAUUAUCUGAUGAUGAUAAAAAGCGUUGAUGGUGAAUUCUUAACCAUCAUAAUGUUGUCUAUACCAAAUUUGUUACUAGGCACAGCCGAUAUAUCGGUAUAUUACUAGCCUUAUCGGUAUAUUUUAUGCUGUCCUCAAUGCCCCUCAGCCUGACCUCUGAGCUCUCUUGUGUAUAGUGUCUGUGCUACUAAUUUUUACAUAGUGUACAGUUAUUCUAAUGUAUGGAUGAGAACAAUAAUCU